AUGCUACAUUUGGUGAUUCUACCCGCCUUAGCCAUUCUAGCUUUGGCAUUUUACACGGCUGGGCGCUAUUUCGGAGAUUCCAAGCAACUUCGACGCUUCCCGUCGCCGGGUAUCGCAGGACUCAGUCCGAUAUGGUACAUGUGGCACGCUUGGAAGGGUCGACAGUACCAGGCGGUACAUGAAGCACAUCAAAAACUCGGGCCAGUGGUGCGAAUCGCACCGAACCAUAUCUCAUUCACCGACCCGGCCGCCUACCAGGAUAUUUAUGGUCAUGGGGCCUCCGUGAUAAAGGAUGACUUCUAUUCCCACAUCGCGGACGGCAAUCCAUCAUUGUCACAGGCCACCGACAAAGCCAUUCAUAGCGCUAAAAGGAGAAACUUGGCUCAUGUGUUCUCAGCCAAAGAAAUCACUGCCAUGGAACCUCGUGUGAUGGAGUUGGUUACGACGCUCUGCUGUGCGUUGAAGGUGAAGUCAAUGGGCGGGUCUCUUGGCGAAGAUGAUAAAUAUCCAGUGACGAACGGUGUUUUUGAUGUGCGGCCGUGGCUGAACAUGUUCGCCUACGACGCUGUUUCGAGUAUGCUUUUCACUAAUGUCUUUGGAUUUCUUGGUAAAGGCAACGACCUUUGCAAAUCCCUUGAUCAAGCCGGGAACGUGAAGAUGGUGCAUGCCAUGAAUAGCUUCCACUCAGCGAGCCGUUUUAACACCACUUUGGGUCAACUUCCGCUUCCAUUGUACAAGUUGGGCCGUCGAUUGCUCUUCUUUGCGCCAGGAAACAAAGAGGGUGCUGACUUUGCAGGGAUGUCUCGCGCCCAAGUCUACUAUCGUCUAAGGAAUGAACCAGCAGAGCGCGACCUCUUCUCCGGCUUCCCAAUCAGAGCGUCUGAGAAGCGACGUGUACCCAUGACAGUGGAAGAAGCUGUUGCCGAAUGUGCUACGAUGCUUGAUGCUGGGAAUGAUACCACUCAGACUAGUUUGACCAAUUGCAUUUACCAUCUCGCACGCUGUCCUGAGAAACAGAAGAAAUUAUACGAUGCAUUGGCAGCUGCUAUGCCCUACGAAUACAACGCGACUAAGGUCGUCCCGACUUCUGUCCUUCAGAAGGUGCCUUAUCUUCGUGCUGUCCUGGAAGAAAAUUGGCGGUGUCGUCCACCUGUUGCCCGUGGUCUUCCCCGUCGCACCACAGGAGAAGGUGCUGUGAUUUAUGGGUACUCGGUACCGCCGGGAGUCACCGUUUCAGCUUCUAUAUACUCCUUGCAUCGCGAUGAGAGUCUGUUUCGCCAGCCUCUCGAGUUUAUCCCUGAACGAUGGUUACCAGAAGAAACAUUUGGUGAAGAUGUGACGGAAGCCCAAAACCUCAAGCAAUACUGCAUUCCUUUUAGUAUCGGGCCACGCGCUUGCAUUGGUAGAAAUCUGGCCUACAUGGAGGUGGCUAUUGUGGUCGCGGCCCUCGUUCUCAAUUUUGAAUGGGAACUUGCCAAACCGGAUUUGGAAUAUCAGACAGUGGAGAGAUUUAACUGGAACCCGCGGGACCUAAUGGUGAAAGCCCGAAUAAGAUGA